UUUUCCUCCUCUUCUUUUUGUUCUUUUCCCUCUUCUUCUUUUUCCUCCUAUUGCUUUAUUUAUUUUUUUGUUACUCCCACUUCCCCUUCCCCGUCCUGCUCUUCCUUUCUCUGUCUGUGCAACCACGUGCUUCAAAUCUGUGUUUCUGGACUGCCUUCUCUAACAGUUCCGUGUGAGUGUUAGCAGAAUGAAAACCAGAUGGACCAGCAGUUCCCACUGUUAUCUCCCAGUCGACUCUGGCAAGACUCCCUUUCUCCCUCCCUCCUUGGCAUGACAGAAAUAUUUGCCUUUAUUUAGGGAGACUUGUAUUUGCUGCUGUACCUCUUCCCUCAGCUGCAACAUAAGCGGGAAGCUAUUUAUUCCCUUGUUGCUGAGGUUGGUUGAGGUGAGUAGAAUGUGCAAUGAAUUUAACUAUUGAAAAAGCAAUUUUAAGCCUGCCUAACUUCUGUAUUUUUCUAGAAUAAGUGACUUACUGGUUGUUAAAUGCUCUGAAUAGCAAUCUGAAGACAAGCUUUUAACAGUAGACAAUGCUGAAAAUGCUCUUCAUGUGUGUCCCUACCAUCCUUCCACUCUAAACACUUUUAUUCACUAUAGGGACAUUCGUUUUUAUUCAGUCAGCAGCAGAGAUUCAGAAAUAGAAACCCUGAUAUUGCUGUUAACUCAUCAAUAAUAAUAAUAGCAGCUCAUUGUGCAAACGCUCUUAUUAGAAUGAUGAUUAUUUUCAUUCUCUAAUUGUAUCUUCCCUAAAGUGAUAUCAACAUUAUUUCAAAUUUUAAACGUUGUGUGUUAUUGCAACCCAAGCGUUCAAAUUGCUUUGAACAAAAGUGAGGUAGAUUUGGAAUUGUGAUAGUAGUGAUUUGGGUUUUUCCUUUUCUUUCAAUAAUUGACCUUUAAAUAAUUUUGAGAAUUUCUGACUGUGGUUAUUAUAACAUUUUUAAAGGCUUAUUCUUUCAUAAUAUUUACUUCACUUUUCUAAAAGCCCAAGUCUGAGGUAUUUGUGUCUAUAACUGCAAGAGUUGCCUCAAAACAUUUUGGGCGUGUUUGUGUGUUCAUGUGCAUGCCUCCACAUGUUUGUGAAAGAAUUGGAUCUAAAGAACCAAAAAUAGACUGUGAUACUGCUGUUGACUAGCUCAUCAUGCAAAUGUUCUUAUUCAAAUGAUGAUUGUUUUUAUUGCAUCUUUCUUAAAAUGAUACCAACAUUGUUUCAACCUUUAAGUGUUUAUUGCAACCGAAGUGUUAAGAAAUUGCUUUGAGCAGAUCAAAAAGUCUGUUGCGUUGAUAAGUAGAUUAGAUUGAGAAAAACAGUUCAAACUGUCAAGGGAAAAGCAUACUUAAGAGAAAGCAGUUCUGAAGUAUGAAUGUCCAUUAUUGGAUAAUCAAGAAAUUUCUUCGUAUCUGUUACAUACUCAUGAGAAAAAUAUUAAAAGUGUCUAGUUCUUUUUAGUUCUCCAUGUGGGACUUUUACAUUCUUACUCUGAGAUUAUUAAUUGGAAUAUUGAUUUCAUGCUUUUAAAAUGACAGGUCAUAAAUUUACACAUUCGAAGUAAAUAAUAGCUUCACUUUGUUGUAUAGUACAUGACACUUACAUAGCAGUGAUUUUUAAAACAGGGCAGGAAAUAUUGAAGUGUGAAAUAUGUCUGGAAGACAAUAACUUGUUUCAGCUAGGAGGCCAGAAAACUAAAGAUGGCAAAGGGAAGGCAGGUGUUACAGAAAAUCAUUACAAAGAGCUGGCUCCUACCAGUGUCUCACCUGCAUAACAGACUUCAGGUUUUUGUUAUUUCUGAGCUGUCAUGAGGAGUUCAUUAUCAUCCUACUUCCUCAUCUAUUUUCUACCUCUUGCUAACAUUGGCUGCAGCUUCCAGUGCAGUUGUGCUGCUGCAUAUAACACUACCAAGGUAGCAUCUGCCUAAGCCAGAAAUAACAAUAGGAUAUAAUAUAACCUAGUUACAAAUGAGGUCCUGCCAUCUGUGCUAUACCUUCUUAAGUGGGGUUUGGAUGAUAAAAUCCUGAUUUAAACUUCAGUAGAUAAGCAUAUUUUAUUGAUAGAAGAUGUUGAAUUUCUUCUGUUCACUUGCUUUUAAAAAAGAUAAACCCCACUUGAAAAAUUGAGGUGCUUAAGGAGUAAAAUAAUAUGUUCCUGGUGGCAUCCUCCAGAUCGUACUGAGAAGCACUCCACAAUGCCAGACUCACCUGUGGAUGUGAAGACGCAAUCUAGGCUGACUCCUCCAACGAUGCCACCUCCCCCAACUACUCAAGGAGCUCCAAGAACCAGUUCAUUUACACCGACAACGUUAACUAAUGGCACGAGCCAUUCUCCUACAGCCUUGAAUGGUGCCCCCUCUCCACCCAAUGGCUUCAGCAACGGGCCUUCCUCUUCUUCCUCCUCCUCUUUGGCUAAUCAACAGCUGCCCCCAGCCUGUGGCGCCAGGCAACUCAGCAAGCUGAAAAGGUUCCUUACUACCCUGCAGCAGUUUGGCAAUGACAUUUCACCUGAGAUAGGAGAAAGAGUUCGCACCCUCGUUCUGGGACUAGUGAACUCUACUUUGACAAUUGAAGAAUUUCAUUCCAAACUGCAAGAAGCUACUAACUUCCCACUGCGACCUUUUGUCAUCCCAUUUUUGAAGGCCAACUUGCCCCUGCUGCAGCGUGAGCUCCUCCACUGCGCAAGACUGGCCAAACAGAACCCUGCCCAGUACCUCGCCCAGCAUGAACAGCUGCUUCUGGAUGCCAGCACCACCUCACCUGUUGACUCCUCAGAGCUGCUUCUCGAUGUGAACGAAAACGGGAAGAGGCGAACUCCAGACAGAACCAAAGAAAAUGGCUUUGACAGAGAGCCUUUGCACUCAGAACAUCCAAGCAAGCGACCAUGCACUAUUAGCCCAGGCCAGCGGUACAGUCCAAAUAACGGCUUAUCCUACCAGCCCAAUGGCCUGCCUCACCCCACCCCACCUCCACCUCAGCAUUACCGUUUGGAUGAUAUGGCCAUUGCCCACCACUACAGGGACUCCUAUCGACACCCCAGCCACAGGGACCUCAGGGACAGAAACAGACCUAUGGGGUUGCAUGGCACACGUCAAGAAGAAAUGAUUGAUCACAGACUAACAGACAGAGAAUGGGCAGAAGAGUGGAAACAUCUUGACCAUCUGUUAAACUGCAUAAUGGACAUGGUAGAAAAAACAAGGCGAUCUCUCACCGUGCUAAGGCGGUGUCAAGAAGCAGACCGGGAAGAAUUGAAUUACUGGAUCCGGCGAUACAGUGACGCCGAGGACUUAAAAAAAGGUGGCGGCAGUAGCAGCAGCCACUCCAGGCAGCAGAGUCCCGUCAACCCAGACCCAGUUGCACUAGGUAACUUUUCUUCAGAUGAGUAUCUCGAACACAUAUUUCUUAUGUUGUCAAUGCUGAAUUUAUUUUUAACUUCUUUUUAAAAUUAAAGGAUCUGCAAGGAAUUUUAAGACAAUAAACAAUUUACAUAUCCUCCAAUAUGUCUUGUCUGUCUGUUAGGAAUUUGAGCAGAUUGGCAUAGACAGAGAUAGCCACAAACUUAAAUUCCAUUUCCAGGUGAAUGUAUUGAGCUGAUGGCAGAGUUUCAACACUGAACCAGAAUUUCAUGUGCGUAACUAAGAUUUGUGUUCCUUUAUAAUGCCUCAAAACAGCAAAAAUCAUUUCAGGGAGUGGGCCCGGGGCUUAGGCACUUCUAACAAGGUCUCCAAUGAAUUCUGCCACUGCAUACCAAACACUGCACACAGGGAUUUAUGUUUCAAAUUAUUAAUUCUGAAAACAGCCUGUAAGACAAUCUUGUUUGUUAGUUGAAUCUCAUAUUUAAAAAAAAAAACAGCAACUUUUUC